CCCACUCGCUUCCGGCCGAGGCUCGGUUCUCCCGCCUCCGCCUCUGCCGCGCUCGUGGUUGUCCCGCCAUGGCACUGUCGCGGGGCCUGCCCCGGGAGCUGGCUGAGGCGGUGGCCGGGGGCCGAGUGCUGGUGGUGGGCGCGGGCGGCAUUGGCUGCGAGCUCCUCAAGAACCUCGUGCUCACCGGCUUCUCCCACAUCGACCUGAUUGAUCUGGAUACUAUUGAUGUCAGCAACCUCAACAGACAGUUUUUGUUUCAAAAGAAACAUGUUGGAAGAUCAAAGGCACAGGUUGCCAAGGAAAGUGUACUGCAGUUUUACCCGAAAGCUAAUAUCGUUGCCUACCAUGACAGCAUCAUGAACCCUGACUAUAAUGUGGAAUUUUUUCGGCAGUUUAUAUUGGUUAUGAAUGCUUUAGAUAACAGAGCUGCUCGAAACCAUGUUAAUAGAAUGUGCCUGGCAGCUGAUGUUCCUCUUAUUGAAAGUGGAACUGCUGGGUAUCUUGGACAAGUAACUACUAUCAAAAAGGGUGUGACUGAGUGUUAUGAAUGUCAUCCUAAGCCAACCCAGAGAACCUUUCCUGGCUGUACAAUUCGUAACACACCUUCAGAACCUAUACAUUGCAUCGUUUGGGCAAAGUACUUGUUCAACCAGUUGUUUGGGGAAGAAGAUGCUGAUCAAGAAGUAUCUCCUGACAGAGCUGACCCUGAAGCUGCCUGGGAACCAACAGAAGCUGAAGCCAGAGCUAGAGCAUCUAAUGAAGAUGGUGACAUUAAACGUAUUUCCACUAAGGAAUGGGCUAAAUCAACUGGAUAUGAUCCAGUUAAACUUUUUACCAAGGUUAGAUUUACUUUUUUUAUAAUUGUGGGUAGAUGGAUGUAUUGUUGUGUACAAAGUCAAGGAGAGGAAACGAAUGCACCAGAUCAACAGAAUGAACCCCAGUUAGGCCUGAAAGACCAGCAGGUUCUAGAUGUAAAGAGCUAUGCACGUCUAUUUUCAAAGAGCAUUGAGACUUUGAGAGUUCAUUUAGCAGAAAAGGGGGAUGGAGCUGAGCUCAUAUGGGAUAAGGAUGACCCAUCUGCAAUGGAUUUUGUCACCUCUGCUGCAAACCUCAGGAUGCAUAUUUUCAGUAUGAAUAUGAAGAGUAGAUUUGAUAUCAAAUCAAUGGCAGGAAACAUUAUUCCUGCUAUUGCUACUACUAAUGCAGUGAUUGCUGGGUUGAUAGUAUUGGAAGGAUUGAAGAUUUUAUCAGGAAAAAUAGACCAGUGCAGAACAAUUUUUUUGAAUAAACAACCAAAUCCAAGAAAGAAGCUUCUUGUCCCUUGUGCACUGGAUCCUCCUAACCCCAAUUGUUACGUAUGUGCUAGCAAGCCAGAGGUGACUGUGCGGCUGAAUGUCCAUAAAGUGACUGUUCUCACCUUACAAGACAAGAUAGUGAAAGAAAAGUUUGCAAUGGUAGCACCAGAUGUCCAAAUUGAAGAUGGGAAAGGAACAAUCCUAAUAUCUUCCGAAGAGGGAGAGACAGAAGGUAUCUUACAUUGCAUUCAUUCACUCCCCUCAUUGAGGAGACUGAUUAAAGGAAGAGUCCACAUUAGUGGAUCCAUUUACUGGUAUGUGUCUUCCUCCCCUCCCUUGACCCCUACCCUCCAGAGGAAGGGGCAAUAUUGCCACCAGGGUUUAAACGAGAGUAGCAGGGAGCUAGUUAGGGAGGAGGGAAUUGAGGGAUUUUUAACUAAGGUGGAGGCAGGGGACAGAUUUGAGAUUCGCAAAGUCAGAACUUGGAUCCCAGAAGCUCAAGAGCAAGAUGAUGUUCUCAUAGUUGAUUCGGAUGAAGAUUCUUCAAAUAAUACUGACGUCAGUGAAGAAGAGAGAAGCCGCAAGAGGAAAUUAGAUGAGAAGGAGAAUCUCGGUGCAAAGAGGUCACGUAUAGAACAGAAGGAAGAGCUUGAUGAUGUCAUAGCAUUAGAUUGAACAGAAAUGCCUCUAAACAGAACCCUCUUACUACUUAGUUUAUCUGGCAGAACCAGAUUAUUUGUUAUAUCCUUUGUUCCAAAGGGAAAAAGUUGACACCAGUGACUUGAAAAUUAUUCUGCUCCCUUUGAAAGCAUUCAUUUUGCUAAAGCUGUUAGACACAUUGCAGUAUUGCUGUAUUGAAAGUAGGAAUAUAGUUUUUAAAACCCUUUGAACAAAGUGUGUGCAUAACCAGUCAUGAGAUAAAACAACACAGUGCAUGUUGCCUUUUUAAUGUAAAUACCCUUAGGUAUCAUUAGUUUCAAAAUAUUGUGGUUUAGUAAAGUUGAUACCUGGUUAUAAAUAUUAUGCCUUUAUUUUUGGCUAGAAGAAGAAUUAUUUUUAGCCUAGAUCUAACCAUUUUCAUACUCUUAACUGACUGAAACAGAUUCAAAGAAGUAUCAAGUGCUAUGCAUUGAAACUUGUUUUUAAAUGUUAAAUGGCACUAUGUAUAUUAAUGUAAAACAAUGUUAAUUUACUCAAGUUUUCAGUUUGUACUGCCUGGUAUGUCUGUGUAAGAAGCCAAUUUUUGUGUAUUGUUACAGUUUCAGGUUAUUUAUAUUCGAUGUUUUGUAAAACUCAAAUAACGACUAUACUUAUGGACCAAAUAAAUGGCAUCUGCAUUCUUGUUA